ACACUGUUGUUUGCCUGUGAGCAGUCAGUGUGUGUGCUCUACGGCGUUACACAAUUCUUUAUUGUUUUACUCAUCUUUUUAAAUAGUAAAGAUAAAGAAAAUUGAGAGGAGAAGUCAGUGAUGGGUCUUUCUCUGCCUCUCUGCGGGCAGGAGUGCCCUGGCCGGCGGGCCGAUUGUUAGCCAUGCUGCGACAGCAAGACCCUUCAGUCAGCACCCUGCAUCUGGUGGCCAAUGAUAUGACCGAUAUCAUGGAGAACUUGGACACACGAGAACUCGACAUGGGCGAUGGAGAAGAGGAGUUUGACGGCCAGGACCCCACUGGUGCAGAAAACUGCAUCCGCUUCUCAGCCGUGUAUAAAACAAAAGGCUUUAAGGAACCUGGAGGACGCGUGUUCAUUACCGCUCUUCCCAUAACCGCCAAAAUCCUGGAGGUGGAACGCUUCACUUCUGUCCAGGAUCGCUUUAACGUCACCUCCCAGAGAAGCGUUUCUAAGGUGCUUCCUUCAGUAUUUAAGAUAGAAAUGAAGCACGGAAACUUCACCUGGUUGAUCAAGAGGAAGGAGAAACAUUUUAUGGAGCUUCACCGUGAACUUCGCACUUACAAGGCCUUCUUGAGAAUCCCGAUUCCCAUCCGCAUUCAUGCAGAACGGAGGCAUACGGUAAACAGAAACAUGGAACGGAGCAUGCCGACUCUGCCACGGGGAGGGGGAGAGGAACUGGCCAGGGAAGAGCAAGUGUCUAGUAGAAGAAGACAACUUGAAGAUUACUUGAAUAAGCUGCUUAAAAUGCCAAUGUACAGAAAUUACCACGCAACGAUGGAGUUCAUUGAUGUGAGUCAGUUGUCAUUCAUCCACGACUUGGGACCAAAAGGCUUAGAGGGCAUGGUGCUCAAAAGGUCAGGAGGUCACCGUAUUCCUGGACUGAACUGCUGUGGCCAUAGCAGAAUGUGCUACCGCUGGUCCAAAAGGUGGCUGGUGGUGAAGGACUCUUUUCUCGUGCUUAUGAAACCAGACUCUGGUGCCAUCUCAUUUGUCCUGCUUGUGGACAAGGCGUUUGACAUCAAAAUGGACACUAAAGACACCGAGACGAAGCAUGGCGUCCGGAUAGACAGCCUGUCCAGGGCUCUGGUGCUGAAGUUCACCAGUUACCGGCACGCCCGCUGGUGGGGUCAGGCUUUAGAUCAAUUUGUGAAGAACUAUGGCACUAACUUUCUUAAGGAACAUCGCUUUUCAUCCUUUGCUAAAAUGCAGAAGAACGUCCCAGCCAAAUGGUAUGUGAAUGGAAAGCAGUUUAUGGAGGAUGUGGCAAACGCCCUGGAGGCGGCAGAGGAGGAGAUCUUUAUCACCGACUGGUGGCUGAGUCCAGAGAUCUUCCUCAAGAGGCCUGUUGUCGAGGGCAACCGCUGGCGACUCGAUUCUGUCCUGAAACGGCAAGCGCAAAAAGGUGUGCGGAUCUUUGUGAUGCUGUAUAAGGAGGUGGAGAUGGCACUUGGUAUAAACAGUGAAUAUAGCAAACGGACACUACAACAGCUUCAUCCUAACAUCAAGGUAAUGAGACAUCCUGACCAUGUGUCGUCCUCCGUGUACCUUUGGGCACAUCAUGAGAAGAUCAUUGUGGUUGACCAAUCGGUGGGUUUCGUGGGAGGCAUUGACUUGGCAUACGGGCGCUGGGACGAUCAAGAACAUCGGCUGACUGACAUAGGAAGUGUCACAAGGACUCUUCCUGUUUCUACGGAGAACUUGUCUGAAGUUUCUUCCUCUAUGGCCGCUCCACCAAACGGGGCCGGUGCGUCGCACGGGAACGGUAAAAGUUUACCCGUGGACAACACAGACCAGCCCAAACUGAAAGGACAAGGAAAGAUCAAGAAGACCCGUUUCAGCAUCCGCAGGCAGCUGCAGAAACACGGGCUGGCACCAGCAGACAGCGUGAGCAGCGCCGAGAGCUCAGAAGAAAAUGCAGAAUCAGCCCAGGAUCUGCAGGCAGACGUCAUCGGGCUGAUGGGAAACACACGCUUCUGGCAUGGCAAGGACUAUUGCAACUUCGUACAUAAGGACUGGAUCCAGCUGGACAAACCUUUCGACGAUUUUAUUGACAGGCACAUAACUCCCAGAAUGCCCUGGCAUGACAUUGCCUCUGUGGUUCACGGGACAGCAGCCAGAGAUGUUGCGCGCCACUUCAUACAGCGCUGGAAUUUCACCAAGAUCAUGAAGCCCAAAUACAGGUCCCUCUCGUACCCGUAUCUCCUUCCUAAAUCUCACACGACUGGAAAUGAGAUCAAGUAUCAGGUUCCUGGAUGCUCGCAGGCAAACGUUCAGGUAUUGCGUUCUGCCUCAGACUGGUCAGCGGGCAUAAAAUACCACGAAGAUUCGAUUCACACGGCUUACGUCAACAUCAUUGAACACAGCAAACACUAUAUCUACAUAGAGAACCAGUUCUUCAUAAGCUGUGCAGACAACAAAAUCGUUCACAACAAAAUCGGAGACGCCAUCGCCAAAAGGAUCAUUAAAGCUUAUCGGGAGGGUAAGAAGUACCGUGUUUAUGUGGUGACGCCUCUGCUUCCUGGUUUUGAGGGGGAUAUUAACACUGGGGGUGGCAGUGCCAUACAAGCAGUCAUGCACUUUAAUUACAGGACCAUGAUCAGAGGAGAACACUCGAUUAUCUCACAGCUGAAGAAGGAAAUGGAAGAUCAGUGGAUAAAUUACAUCUCAUUUGGGGGUCUAAGGACCCACACUGAGCUGGAGGGAAAGCUGAUGACUGAACUGAUAUACGUGCACAGUAAGAUGAUGAUCGCUGACGACAACACCGUCAUCAUCGGUUCUGCCAACAUCAAUGAUCGUAGCAUGCUGGGUAAGAGAGACAGUGAGGUGGCUGUAGUUUAUGAGGACAUUGAGACUGUGAAGUCCAUCAUGGGCGGCGAAGAAUAUCAGGCCGGACGUUUCGGACUGAGUUUGCGCCUUGAGUGUUUCAGGAUGAUUCUGGGUGCAAACACAGACCCCAGCAUUGAUGUGACUGACCCUAUAAGUGACCAGUUUUACAAGGAGGUGUGGAUGACCACUGCUGCCCGGAACGCAACCAUCUACCAGAAGGUGUUCCGCUGCUUGCCGUCCAGUGACGUGAGGUCAAUUCUGGAACUAGAAGGGUUCCUCUCAAAGCCUGGUUUGGAGAAAGAGGACCCCGCCCGUGCCCAAGAGGAGCUGAAGAAGAUUCGGGGUUUCCUAGUCCAGUUUCCUCUCCAGUUCCUAAGCGAGCAGAACCUUCUCCCACCUAUGGGAUCAAAAGAAGGUAUGGUGCCCAUGGAUGUGUGGACAUAAGACAUUCAAAGGCGACCUGCUUCUUUAACGAAAACUACAAAUCCAGCAGGAGUUGCAGGCAAAUGCUUGGCAAUCUCACCGGAAUCACUGGAUUAUUAUGUACUGAGAAAUAAAACACGUCUGAAGGAGUUUAGCCAUCAGUUGUUUACUGGGAUCAUGGACAACAGCAAAAUGGGGUUGUUUCAUCCCUGUUUGAAGCUUGAUUAUCUUAACGUUUUUUAUAUACUGUACAUUGAGAUACGUAUAUAUGCGUCUCAUAUGAUUCUAACACUAUGCAACUAAUACUGUUGUUAAGAACUUUAACCGUAUGUUCUUUAAGAUGUGGAUGUUGUUUCUUUCUCAAACCCUAAAUUGGAUGCUGCAGGAGAAAGAUGCUUUAAUGUAAUUAUGGUCAUUGUCUAUUAUGAAUCGGUUUGUGCCCUGUAAAAUGCUUAGAAUAUGAAUUAUUUUCUGCAUCCAAGUGCCAACUAUCAACUUUUUGUGUAACCUUUUUGUAUGUAUAAAGCCCACAACUUUCCUUGUGUUUCUGAGCCCUGUGUUAUAUUGCAACAUAAUUUAUGUUUUGGUGGCCUUAUUUAUUUAUGGUGUUCCCUGUCAUAAUGCUGGGUAUAAAUUCCACUAAAUCGUUAAUCUAUUAUGAUGGACAACAGUAUGUAAGAAUACAUCGAUCAGUAUUCAGAUAAUACACGUUAUUUUUUUUGCAUAUUGUCCAUAUUGUACAAUAUACUGUAACAUGUUAUCCCUGGAACUCUUAUGGAGUUUACUAAACAUUGAAGGAGUACUGAAUCAAUCAUACAUUCCAGUAAGCAGUACUAAUUACAGACAAGUUUAAUAUAAAUAAUGUAAUUAAAAACAAGCAGGUUUUUGUUAACCAAUCAAUCUAAACUCUGCACGGUUUACUGCUUAAAUGCACUAUUAUAGUAUCAGCCGGUAGUUUGUUUUCCAUUUAAUUUUUCUAUCCUUUUUCAUGAAUUGCAUUUUUUGCACACAAUAUGUCUUAUCAAACAGAUAAAUGACAAGCGUUGGAAUGUAUAUGAAAUAUGAGCAUUGAUGCAAAUGCAGGUGAUUAAAUAAUGAUUUUUACACUA